GAUGAGUUCACACUUUCUUGGUGAAAUGUGUCACUGGUACAGUAACAAAGUACGAUUCAUAUAGUUCAUGUUUGUGGCAAUUUAUUGUAAACAUAAUUAUCACAUUGUAUAAAGUUAUUAUCUAAACUAUGUGCUUUGUGUAAGAACAAAGUAACUGGUAACUGCUGUCAGAUAAAUGUGGUGGGGGUAAAAAGUAUAGUAUUUACUUCUAAAAUGUGGUGAAGUACAGCUGUGAAGUAACUGUAAGGUUUUUUUUUGAGUAAGUGUUCAAAUCUGUAUCUAAGUAGCCUACUUAAGAACUUUUAGUCUACCAUAUUUCAUGAGGAAAUAUUGUGGUUUCUAAUUACUAGCCUACAUUUAUCUCACAAAAACAAUUACCUGUUAUUUUGCAGAUUAAUAUUAUAUCAACAGGGUGAAGCAAUUGGUAUUACAAAAGAUCUUAAGUUAAAUCAACUUGGCAUUUAGUGUAAUGAACUUCAAAUAACAAUUACAGUUAAGGGUUUAAGUUUUCACUAUACAUUAUUUAAUUUUUGUUUAAGGCAACUGGUUUUUAAAGUAAAUUCCACUUAUCUGGGCUUACAGUGUGUCUAUUCUAUGAGUUGUUAGCACUUUCACCAAAGAGACAUUUCCUCUCCUCACAUGAAUUUACUCAGAUAACUGUUUGAGGACCAAAUCAGUUUAUCAGGACCUCGGUUUUACUUCUUCUCUAAUGUAUCAGGGAGUCAUUUAUUUACACAGUGAGAACUUUUAUUUUUGAUUAAUUUUGCUGAUAAUUGCCUACUUCUGUACUUAGAUCUAAGAAGGAUCUUUCAUGCAGGACUUAAUGGAGUAUUUUUACAUUAAUGUGGUCCUUCUACUUGACUAGCGUAAAGAAUCUAAAUACUUCUUCCACUGUUACUUGUGUGAAGUGUUUUUAUAUUCUGGUAUUGCUACUAAUUUAAGUUUCCAUGUCUUCUUAUUCCCAGACAAUAAAACUUGAAUUGUGCAGGUCAUUGUGAGCAGACAGGCUGCAGGUCCCAUCGGCCAAUAUGAGGCUGAGCCAUCACUGUUGACAUCCAAUCAGCUGAGGGCUGAUGGGAUUGUGCUUUUCCUCUCUCAUCCUUGGAUACAUUGAGCAGACUGACACAGAUCUAGGUUAUUAGCGUAGGGCCUGCACGUUUCUGUCGUCUUGUGGUCGGUGAUGGAAAACACCCGCUGCUUUGCGAACCGCUUCUCUGACUACAAAGGUGCGCUGCUCCCGGGACAGGGCGUCGAGGCCAUCGUGCCCGCCGUGGUUGCCACCGUCGAUAAAGUCUUGAAAAACAUUCCCUUCGACAUCAGCGACUGCGACGGAGGACUGUACGAUGGGCCGGCCGGGGUGGCUUACAUGCUGUACCAUGUCAGCGAGUGUCCGCUGUUCUCCGAGCACCGGGACGUCGACCUGAAGACGGCCAAGCAGAUGAUCGACGUUUCGGUCCGAUACGUGGACGCGGAGCCGGAUAAAAACAUGCGUGCUGCCUUCCUGCUCGGCGGGGCGGGCAUCUACGCGGUGGCCGCUAUGAUAUACAAAUCACUGGGCUUGGCUGAUUUCGUCAAGCCGCUCACUAAAUUUCGUAACCUGUGGGAUGUGUGUGCGCCCAUCAAUUUUCUGGAGUGCGGCUCGGAUGAGCUGUUUGUGGGGCGGGCGGGGUACCUGUGUGCUGCCCUGGUCCUCAAACAGAAGCUGGGCAUAGAGAUUCUGAGCAAGGAUCAAAUCAAAUCUAUUUGCCAGGCCAUCAUAGAGUCAGGAAAACAGUACGCCAGGAAGAAGAGAAAGCCUUUCCCCCUCAUGUACUCAUACUAUGGGACAGAGUAUCUUGGUGCUGCUCACGGCCUUUCAUCAGUGCUGCAGAUGCUGCUGAGCUACCAGGACAUGCUAAGUGGUGCAGAGAAGGACCUGGUGUGGCAAAGCGUAGAUUUCCUCAUGAACCAGGAGCAGAACUGUAACUGGCCUGCAGAGCUGGGCGCCAUCAUUGAGAGAGAGAACGAACUGGUGCACUGGUGCCAUGGAGCACCGGGUGUGGCGUAUCUUUUUGCAAAAGCCUGUCUGAUCAAUAAGAAGCCCCAGUAUCUGGACACAUGUAUCCGCAGUGGGGAGCUUGUGUGGCAGAAAGGUUUGCUGAAGAAAGGACCUGGGAUUUGUCACGGGGUUGCAGGGAGUGCUUACGUCUUCCUCCUGCUGUAUCGGCUCACAGGAAACUCCAAAUACAUCUACCGUGCUCAGAGGUUUGCUGAGUUCCUCUUCACUGAGGAAUUUAAGGCCGGCUCGCGCUCAGUAACCAGUGUCUACAGUCUGUUUGAAGGCCUGUCAGGGACGGUUUGCUUCCUGGUAGACCUCUUACAGCCGGACCAGUCAGAGUUCCCUCUGUUCAGUAUCUUUGUGUGAAUGGAAACCUGGUUAGUGCCAUUCAUUGACCUGAACAGACACCACUCCUUCCCUCUGAAAUCCCUUGAGAGCUGGAUUGGUAGAAACUUUAGAACCAGGAUUGAUACUGUGAUCAGAGUUGCAGUGGCGGGAUGGUUGGUAUUUGUUUGGGGGCUUAGAUAAUCACAUUUGAGUACAGUUGCAGUAGAAAAAUGGUCUUGUUUUGUGUCUGUACUAAAGUGAAUGUUCAGCUUUCAGGCUUUACCAGAUUUCAUCCCACUUAAUGUCAAAUUGCCCAUUUCAAUUUGCAAUGUAAUCAACUGUGCUAAAGCAGGGGUUUUCAAACUGUGAGGGUUGCCUCCCCAGGAGGGUGUGGGAAAGUUGAAGGGGAGGCAUGGAGGGAGAGACAUGAGGCAAAGAUAUCAUACUUCUUUUAGUGAUAACCCAGUCAAAUCUGAACACAGACAUGAUUCGCACAUAUUUAGAUUCAGUGUGACAUUUCCUGAGGAUAUUGUCAUGUCCGAUGUCCAUCAAGGAUAAAUGUCCAUAAUUUUGCAUGGAAGUCAUUCAAAAAGAGUCACAAACUUGCCUGAGAAUCAUAUUGUUAAGUGUUCUUCAGUGUCAAAGCAAUCCAAUGAUAGCUGUCAGUACAUCCAUGGAUACAUUGCAAAAAGGGGUUGUGGUUAGCUAAUUUGGCAUACUUUUAAUUGUGCUAUUUUUCAGAAAUGUAAACAAACCAAACUAUCUCGAUUUUUGUCUGGGAGGGAGGACGGGGGCAUGCUUUCAGUCUUUGAAAACCUCUGCACUAAAGCAUUGGGAGCUUUGAAAUGUGGUACUGCUUGUAUGGUGAUUGAAACUGCAGUAUAUUCUACAAAGAUGGUGCUCUCAGGUCAGAAACACAUGCACCAUAAACACCUAAAAUAGAUGGUAAUCACUGAGGUCACACAAAAGAAAAAGAGAAAAACAAGCAUCACAUAAUGCCUUUUAAAAUUUUUCUACCACUUCACCAGCUCAGCAUCACAUAUCGCAGACCUUUGAGUUUAAGUCUUUAGGGUAUGUAAUUUCUCAAGUUGUUGUCACAACCUUUAGUAAUAAAUAUAAUGGAGGGAUUCUGAUAGUGAAACUAUGUAGAUAGGUUCAUCCAACAGACGAUGAGGGGGAAAAAAAGUAGUUUAUUGUCCUAAUACUAUUCUCACUUUGUUUGCGCUGUGCAAUAUUACUGACUCACCUAUCUGAACUGAGGUUGUAGCUGUGUGAGAGCAGUUUGUAUCUAUUUGAUAUUUCACACUGUGUUAAAUACUGUAUGGGGAUGUUUGAAAUGUUCAACAUUCAAUGUUUUGACUUUUACUCUCUCUUGAAAAAGAACAAAAGAGUAUGUUAGACUGAUGGUUUGUGAUGAAGACUGACAACAUAAGAGUAGAACAUGUAGUCAGUGUGAGAAUUUAAUUUUUCUUCCAGUAAGGUCUGUUCAAGAUGCUACUUUUUGCAACUCAGUUAUGUAAAUUAUGGUCAACGGAGAAUUUCUUCACAUAAAUGUGAUAAUGAGGCCUUAAAAACAAAUUUCCAGCAUUUGGUCAUGGUCAUGUCUCUCAGAGUAAAAAGGAUUCACGACUCUGGGAACUGAAAAAUGCUUUGGGCAGCGUUUCUGACAUGUGGCUCAAGUUGGUAAAAAGGCCUGUGAAUAAUGGCAAAACCAAAGCAGUUUCCCAAUGCUAACUGUGCCUGUUGUGGAACAUUUAUAAGCUGUGUAUGUGUGUGUGUCCUGUUUUGCAUUUGCAGUCCGAGCUAUCCACAACAAAAUCUACAGGAUUAUUGUAAUUAAUAAAGUGUCCAGGUGAAAAAAAAA